AUUGUGAUACCUUCGAUUCCAACAUCGAUGUUUUUGCAGCGCGCCCAUUUUGUGAGCGUCUGGAAUCUUUUUAUACCUCUUCAACCAGACGUCGCUGGGCUGUAUUAAUUACGCAUACAACCGACGCCGUUUUGACGUUCCCCUUCGUUUAUGUUCAUAUUUUUUUGUUUUGUGUAAAAUUGGCUAAAAAUGGAAUUACGUGUCUGGAAAACCAUUCUAUUACAGUGGGUGCAAAAAUGCAAUUUCAUAGAAAAUAUUACAUGUCUAGAAAAUUCCGAUAUAGAGGCUUUCUUUGCCUUUUAUGCACAGUAUGCUCAAGUUAAGCUACCGGCGUCGCCUUCAAGUGUCGCAUUUCCGCUGGGACUACUGCAAACUUUUCUUAGAGAUAACUAUCCAAACUUUGAGCCGCGUUUGGAACUUGAUGGCCGUAUAGUAGCAGCAGAUUACAUAUAUGUGUACACACUUCUAAUGCACUACACCUGCGUUCAGAGUCCUAGCGAAUAUUUUCAAAAUAUUUGCACAAAUUUACCAUACAAUAUCCAGCAGUACAUAGCUGAAUUUUUCCAACAGACUAUAAAAAAUCCACAGAUGACUCGCAAUCAUUUGCACAAGACCAUUGCCAGAAUUCCCGUGUCCGUCCAAAAGAAAAGUGAUGGAAGUAACUCUCUAAUAGACAGCAACACAAUGGACUCGGCUUCACUCGAUGAUGAUGCGAGUGCGAGUCCGAAUCCUGUGUUGCUAACGCCUGUGAAGCGGGAGCUGAUUAACUUACCAAGUGUCAGUCAAAUGCCAGCUCCGCCCACCCCUAAAACUGAGCUCCUCGAACAGUGUACGCGUGAGCUGUUGGGAUUACGUGCUCAGUUGGAAACCGAGCGGUAUGAAAAGACGGUUCUAGAGGAACAAAUUUCAGAAAAUGAACAUCUGAUAGAUUCGCUCACUAAAGAGAAUGUAGUGAAAAAGAAGCAACUGACUAAAUUUACGGCCACCCUUCAGGGCGGAAACGACAAUGAGAACACUUACAUGCAUAGCUAUGUACCCAAUGAAUUUGAAAAUUUAAAAAAACAACUGCUCAAAAAGCUUAGCAACAAGGAUACUGUCCUUGCAGAAAAAAACGAACAGAUGCAUGAGCUGAUAAGCAAACAUGGCAAGCUGGCUACCAAGCUUAAAAUAUCAGAGGAGCAAGUGCUUUUUUGUAUAGACCGAAUAAACGACUUGGAGCUGCAAUUACAGAACAUGGCGCAGUUAUUGACCGACAAGGACGAUAAUAUUGCUUGUCUACAGCGUGACAAAUUAGAGUUACAGGAGUGUCUUCAAGAGACACGUGCCGAGCUACAUAAUGGUCGUGAAGUGCUCAACGCCUCCUUGGAUUUCCUGGAAACUUCGCAGUCGGCCGAUAGCAUGAAUACGACACCCGAAAAUUUGGCUUGCUCCGUUAUAGAUAAACAAUUGCGUGAGAAGGAAGAGGAAAAUGACGAGCUGCGUAAGCUUUUAACAGCCAUCGUGGAAGAAAAAUCAAAUAUACUAAGGAAACUGUUAAGGAUCAUGCAACCCUUUCAAAUGGAGAUGCCAGCGUCCCCUGAUGUUCCACAACUCUUGUGCUCAAAUGAGCUUAGUGUAGACCAGUUGUCCAUCCGCUAUGAGAAAGAGCUGCAACGUGUAAGAGAACUGCAGGUUCAGUACUACACACUGAAGCAGCAAAAUAUGAAGUAUGAAGAGUACAUUCAAGAGCAAAUAAGAAGCAAAGCAAAAAUGCUUGAUCGCGUGUUAGAAGAGAGUCAGUUAACUCUGCUAUCUAGUAUUGACAAGCUGCAGCAACGCGACAAGGAAAUUGAGCACUUUGCCAACAUUUGCCAGGAACUUGAAAAAAAAGAUGAGCAACUUGCGCAGAUGGGCUGCGAAUUAAUUCAACAAUGCAGUCAAACUCGUAUCCUAGAAGAACAAAUCACGGGAGAAAGAGAAUACUCAUUCAGCCAACGAGUCAAGUUAAACUUGCAACAAGUGGUCAUUGAUUCUCAGAAAGAUCAAUUGUUUGAGCAGCGACAGCAUCUAAACGACACUAAAGAGCAGAUACAGUACUUAAUAGACUUGGUAGGCGCUAAAUUUGAUCAGAAUACAACUUCAUCCGCUACCAGCGACAAUCGCAUGGUAUUUAUGAAAAAUAUGUUGAUAUGCUUGCUGACAAGAAUAUGCAACCAGGAUAAGGAUAAGAAGUCGGAAAACUUGCUGAAUCAACACUGCCGCUUACAAACCAGCAGGUAUCAAAUGGAUGUGUCGAUUCAAAAUCUUCCUAAGCAACAGCAUAGUGCUGCAUAUAAAAAUCAAUUUCAGUUUGAGCAAGAACUAAAAACCAUAACUGAAAAAGCAAAGCUACAGAAUAUAGAUCAAACGCAGCUGAUGCAACAACUGGAAGAUGGGCGACAUGAGCUUUGCAAGCAGAAGCUAGAGAAGGCACACAUUGAACAGGAGCUGAUGGCUUCCAAUAAGAAGCAAAAACAGCUGGAACAGAAAUUAUUGGAACAAACGGAGCUGCUGCAAAAGGGCGAGUCCACCAGCCAGUCGCACCAAGAUCAGAUUAUGAUACAAGGACAACAGUUAGACAAACGGCAACGGGAACUUAAUGCCUUACAGUAUAAGCUGGAAGUGGCGGAACAGCAGGUAAAAGCGGCUGAGGCACAGUUGCUUAAGCAAGAAUCCUUGCUAAUACAUAUCAACAAACUACAGGAUGCGGUAAAGGAGGAACAGCAUAAAAAUUUGAGUUUAAAACAGGAGCAAAUACAGCAAAUGGAGCACAGUCGGAUUCUCGAAAAGGAUUUUAAAGCGAUUCAAUACAUGCUUGCAAAAAGGGAGGAGGAAUUAGAGAAGAACAAAGUGCAGCUGGAUUUAAGUACAAAGCGCUUGGAGAAAGUUGCCAUUAAACUAGGGGAACAGCAAGCACUUUUAUCUAAAACGCAACGCGAAAUAACUCUGUCCAAACUGGAACAGAACGAACAAGCAGAGCUUAUCAGAGCGUUGCAACAUGACAAGGAGAGUCUGCAGUUGGAAUUGCAAAAGAACAAGGAGCGUGCAAAUCGUUCAGAGGAGGAGCAGGCUAGCUUGGCACAUCAACGUGUUUUGGCGGAGGCAGCACGUGUUGCAACUUAUGGACGGACUAUAAAGCUCGAAAAAGAUUGUAAAAAAACCAAUAGCACCAUAAUACGGGAUUUACAGCUGCAGGUGAAAGACGUCGAAAAGGAAAAAGUGAGUCUGAUUCUUGAAGUUGGUGGCCUCAACUCGGAGAUUGUGCAGCAGAAAAAACGUACAGCGGAUUUAAGUGCCCAAUUACAACAAGCAAACGAGACAAUUGAUGCAAUGCGUAGCUCAAUGCAAGCCAAGGAAAACAACGCUUGCAAUGCUCAAGAGCUGGAGCUACUAAAACGUACACAUAUACAACAGUUGACUACAGUACAGGCACAGCAGGCGGAAGCGCUGCAGGAGCUCGACCGGACACAGUAUGAACCAGAUGAUAAGAUAAAGCAACUUAAAUUAGAGAACAAGAAGUCAAUAAGCCGUGAGUCUUAUUAUCAGCGCAAACUUAAUAUACCAAAAGAUGAGCUAGAAUACAGCAAUGAUGAAGUUAGCGAUUCACAUAGAAGCCAUGAUAAGCUGAUUGGAACUUUGGAGAGUUGUAAUUCUAGCCAACCACAGGAAACGCAGGAACAACUUGAGCAUCUCCGAGCUAAAGCACACCAGCGUGAGAUCGAUUGUCAGAUAUUGCAGGCAAAGUAUCGCGAAACAAAGGAAGAAAUUAAUCGCUGUGAGCAAAAGCUCAAGGACCAGCGUCUUGAGAUGGAGGGGAAAUUAGAAAAGAUGAAAUCUAAAAUGCGCGCAUUGUACACGGCGGAAGUUACUCGAAUUAAGGAGAAGCAGGAGCGCGAUGCGGCCAGUAAUAAGGUUAAAAUGGAAAAAUUCAGUGUUCAGAGUGCUAAGUAUGAGGAACAUACUCAAAAGCUAUCUAAUCAGAUUGUGCGCCUCAAUGAAAAGAUUUUAGAGCAGCAAAAGCAGCUUACCAUUUUUAGUACCAAGCUGCGGCACAGUCAUGAAGCCGACCAGGCAACGACUGCUUUCGCGGCUAGUGAUGAAUGGCAACCCUUUAAGCGACCUAGUGUGCCACCUACCAAUCUUGGCAGCAAUCUGGCAAUGGAAGAUGAAGAGGGUGAGGUGUUUAAUAACACUUACCUUACAGAUCUGAAGCUGGGCAGUGUGCCAAACAUGACCGCUAAAGAAUUGCAUCAUCGCAAUUCGUUGCAACCACCACAUUUAAAGAGCGCAUACGCAGCGCAGUAUAACUUGGACGCCCAUGAUGACGAUCUCAAAAAUGGUCCACUUAGCUUAGAUGACAGCAUGAGUGCGUUAUUAAGUACUACGGAAGGCAACGGUGCCGGAACACGUAAAAAGUCGAUGGGUACUCACUACAAGCGCCCGGGUCCGCCAACACCCAGUAAAAAUGGUGGUCGCCUGUCAUUUGGCAGUACGGAGCCGCCGCGGGAAAUAUUACGGGAAACUUCUGACAACAAUGGUAUUGCUAAGACCCCUGCCCGCUUCAAGAUCUUUGCAUCACGUUUCAGCAUAGGUACCAGUGGUAUCGGUGGUGGGGGACAUUGUCUGCCACGCGACGAGCAACGGCGUCGACGUAAAAAAAAAUUGUUUACAGGUAUGCACCGCCGCAUUCCGGUGAUGCGACCAGCGAAAUCUUUUUUCACUGCAACUCUGCGUAGGAGCUGCUCCUACUAUGAUCACCAGCAAGUGAUCGCGCAAUGGAAUGCGGCAUCAAAGGUCCAAGAGCUUCAUGCGCCGGGCAAGAUACAGCAUAUUUCUAACACAGCUUUAUUAGCCAUGAAUAAUAGCCACGACUGUAAGCCGAAAAUAUGUCAUAGCCACUUAGUGACGACAACUAAGCCGACUAUCAGUCUAGCAUCCGUUAGUCAAAGUUUAUUAAGUGGAUGUAAGUCGAAAGACACUCCACACUCGUCUUUUUGCUUGCAUGGUAGUAGUUCGCCUCCAAAUUUGUCUACAACGACGGAGUUGGAAUAUAAGCGCAUGCAGCAGCGGAGUAAAAUAAAACAACAGCGUGAACGAUGUUUUGAUCAGUGGAGGCAUUUGUCUGAUUUACAGUCUAAAGAAAAAGAGGCAAUGGAUGAUAAUGCACCGUAUUGCGGUAGACAAAAUUAAUUAAUGUAAUUAUAACAAUUAAAAAGUAACACGCCACUGCUGAAGGCGCUGGCUGACCAUCAUGGGGCGCUUAAGCGACAGAAUUCGCCGAAACGUGUAUUUGUUGCUCUUGUUCGCUGACUGCUUGUACAACAAAAAAUAGUUAGGAGAUAUAAAGUAUCUUGACAGCAGGCAGCGCGUCUCAAAACCACACAUAAAAUUUCUUUCAAAAUUAAAGAUUGAUUUCAACUAAUUCUUUUAAUACAAACAACUUCCGUUGUCCUUUUUCAGAACUCGCCUCCCAAGCGACGCCUCAGUAACAUGUUUAAACGCAAGUAGGUGUGUUUAACUCCAAUAGACCAGCUGGUCUUACAGCAGCCAUUGUAACCUUGUGUAUUUUUUUGUAUAAUAAGAUGUAAGUUUGGUUGUCUCAGCAGAGUGAAAAGUGCUAUACACGAACGAUUAGUGCUGUAACUAUUUAAUAUAUAAGUCAAUUAUUUACUAAUUUCAAAGCUUUUUUGGCUUUAAACGUUUGUCUAUGGUUCAACGUAAUGACUUAUCUCUUAAGAGUACCCACUUUAUUGUAACAUAUGUUAUAAAAAUAUUAUAAUGAACUUCGUUAAACAAUGUACUAGCAUAUGAAUUUUGUAUGUAUAUGUAUAUUUAUUAUUUUGUCUAUGGCUCAACCCAAUCGACUUAUCUCUUAAGAGUACCCACAAUAUUGCAACAUAUUCAAAUAUUCUAAUGAAUUUCGAUAAAUAAUGUACUAGUAUAUGAAUUUUGUAUAUAUAUAUUUUGCCGGAACAAAUGAUGCGAUAAGCCGACAA